AGUAGCAAGCAAGCCAACCAGCCCACAGCUUCUUUCUCUUUCUCUCAACUCUUUCCCUUCCAUAUUUAUUUCCCUUGCCCUUCUCUGCUUUAAAACGCUACACCAACAAACUAAUCAAAACUUCUCCAACACACUACAAAACAAAAUCACCAUUCCAAUCAAUAUAAACAACGCCCAAACUUCUCACUCACUGUAAUCACUUUCAACACUAACUGUUUUCCGUCAGUCAAACAAUUUUUCAUAUCGCGGCGGAUCCGAUUACAUUUCCAUAAGAACCAGCACCGCGAUGGCGCUCUCAGGUUCUGAUUUGCCGAUGAUUUACUCACUGCUCACCAAUUCAAUGAGCGGCGACCAGAGAGUUCGCAAACCAGCCGAAACGGCGCUCUCGGAAUUUGAGAGUAGGCCUGGUUUUUGCUCUUGCCUGAUGGAAGUGAUAACUGCAAAGGAUUUAGUGUCUCAAGUUGAUGUUCGGUUGUUAGCUUCCGUUUAUUUCAAGAAUAGUAUCAGUCGGUAUUGGAGGAACCGCCGCGAUUCUUCGGGAUUAAGCAGUGACGAGAAAAACCAUUUGAGACAAAAACUUCUGUCGCAUUUGAGAGAAGAGAAUGAUAAGAUAGCCGUAAUGUUGUCUGUGCUCAUAUCCAAAAUUGCUCGCUUUGACUAUCCCAGAGAAUGGCCAGAGCUAUUUUCGGUCUUAGCGCAACAGCUUCAGUCAGCAGAUGUUCUUGCAUCUCAUAGGAUAUUCAUGAUUCUCUUCCGUACCUUGAAGGAACUGUCGACUAAACGUCUAACUGCAGAUCAGAGAAACUUUGCAGAGAUAUCAUCCCACUUCUUUGAUUAUUGCUGGCGACUUUGGCAAAGUGAUGUGCAGACCAUAUUACAUGGUUUCUCAGCUAUUGCUCAAAGCUAUAAUUCGAAUGCUCUGAAGCAGCAUCAUGAUGAACUUUAUCUAACAAGUGAAAGAUGGUUGUUGUGUUCAAAGAUUAUACGCCAGCUGAUUGUUUCAGGGUUUCAAAGUGAUGCUAAAUGCAUACAGGAAGUCCGACCGGUAAAGGAGGUAUCUCCUAUGCUCUUGAACGCCAUUCAGUCAUUGCUUCCUUAUUAUCCAACUUUCCAGAAGGGACAUCCUAUAUUUUGGGAUUUCAUAAAGAGAGCAUGCACAAAAUUAAUGAAAGUUCUAGUUGUAAUUCAGGGAAGACAUCCUUAUACAUUUGGUGAUAAGUCUGUCCUUCCGCCGGUCUUGGAUUUUUGUUUAAACAAGAUAGUGGACCCUGAGCCAUAUGUGUUAUCUUUUGAGCAGUUCCUUAUUCAGUGCAUGGUAAUGGUUAAGUGUGUACUUGAAUGUAAGGAAUAUAGACCAGUUCUUACCGGUAAGGUGAUGGAUGAAAAUGCGAUCACAGUAGAGCAGAUGAAGAAAAAUAUUUCCAUUGUUGUUGGUGGUGUCCUCACUUCACUUCUUCCUGCUGAACGCUUAAUACUGUUAUGCAACGUAUUAAUAAGAAGGUAUUUUGUUCUAACGGCAAGUGAUUUGGAGGAGCUGUAUCAGAACCCUGAAUCUUUUCAUCAUGAGCAGGAUGUGAUUCAGUGGACAGAGAAACUGAGGCCUUGUGCCGAAGCAUUAUACAUUGUUUUGUUUGAAAAACAUAGCCAACUGCUAGGUCCUGUUGUGGUAUCUAUCCUUCAAGAAGCAAUGAAUGGUUGCCCAUCAUCAGUUACUGACAUAAGUCCUGGAUUGCUUCUUAAAGAUGCUGCUUAUGGUGCUGCUGCAUAUGUAUACUAUGAGCUAUCAAACUAUUUAAGCUUCAAAGAUUGGUUUAAUGGUGCUUUAUCCGUUGAACUUUCAAAUGAUCAUCCAAAUAUGCGUAUCAUCCAUCGGAAGGUUGCAUUAAUACUGGGUCAAUGGGUUUCUGAGAUUAAAGAUGAUAUAAAAAGACCAGUAUACUGUGGAUUGAUCAGACUCCUCCAAGACAAAGAUUUAUCAGUUAGGGUAUGGCCCAUAAGUUUACCUCUUUUGCAGAGACUAUUGUGGAUUCCUUGGGCAUGCUUUGUCAGACACACAGCUUGCCGGUCUUUGUGUUUUCAUAUUGAAGAUGCAAACUUCUCCCAGAAAGAGUUCGCAGAUCUUCUUCCUAUUUGUUGGGAUUCAUGUUUUAAGCUGAUUGAGGAGGUUCAGGAGUUUGAUUCAAAGGUUCAGGUUUUGAAUUUGAUCUCUAUAUUGAUUGGACAUGUUACAGAAGUCAUUCCAUUUGCAAACAAAUUGGUGGCAUUCUUUCAGAAGGUUUGGGAGGAAUCUUCUGGUGAGAGUCUUCUACAGAUUCAGCUUCUUAUUGCCCUAAGAAACUUUGUAAUUGCACUUGGUCAUCAGUCACCCAGUUGCUACAAUGUACUAUUGCCUAUUCUGCAAAGGGGAAUUGAUAUAAAUAGCCCAGAUGAGCUCAAUCUGUUAGAGGAUAGCAUGCUGUUGUGGGAAGCCACACUCUCACAUGCUCCUGCAAUGGUUCCUCAGCUAUUGGCGUGCUUUCCGUGUCUAGUGGAAAUUAUGGAAAGAAGUUUUGAUCACUUGCAGGUUGCAGUCAAGAUAAUUGAGAGUUACAUAAUUUUGGGUGGCAGUGAAUUUCUAAACAUGCAUGCUUCCACUGUAGCUAAGCUUCUCGAUCUGAUUGUUGGAAAUGUCAAUGAUAGAGGCCUACUUUCAAUACUUCCCGUCAUUGAUAUAUUAAUACAGUGUUUCCCAGUAGAAGUGCCACCAUUGAUCAGCAGUACCUUACAAAAACUAAUUGUCAUAUGUUUGAGCGGAGGAGAUGACUGUGAACCUUCAAAGACAGCUGUUAAGGCGUCUUCUGCUGCGGUACUAGCUAGAGUUUUGGUGAUGAAUACCAAUUACCUUGGACAAUUGACAGCAGAUCGAUCCCUUCCGCUGCUCCUUCAGCAAGCAGGCAUUCAAAUUGAAGAAAAUAUCCUUAUUUGUCUAGUUGACAUAUGGCUUGACAAGAUAGAUAAUGCAUCUUCCAACCAGAGAAAGAUAUUUGGCUUAGCGCUUUCAAUUAUUUUGACGCUAAACUUGCCUCAAGUGCUUGAUAAACUAGAUCAGAUCCUUAGUGUCUGUACAAGUGUUAUUUUGGCAGUAAAUGAUGAUAAAACAGAGGAAGAGUCCAGUGGCGAUAAUAUGAGCUCCAGCAUAUCUCAUGGUGAGGGCACUGUUCCAACCAGAGAGCUCAGAAAAAGACAGAUAAAACUUUCAGACCCUAUCAACCAGCUAUCAUUAGAGAAUUCAGUGAGAGACAAUCUUCAAAGGUGUUCUGCACUUCACGGUGAAUCUUUUAAUUCAGCCAUUUCUAGAAUGCAUCCUGCAGCAUUUGGACAGUUGAAACAGGCUUUGAAGAUGGCGUAGCUGUUAGCAUGACAGAUUUUUGUCCCUUCAAGUGGAGAUGUCAUGCUCAGGGCCCUUGGCCCAUUGAUUCUUUUAUUUCUUCCAUACAUCGAGGAUAUAAUAGGUACAAUGAUGCUUUGGUGAUUUUGGUGCAAUUAGUUGUUGGUGUUCACAUUCUUGGUUCGGCCUUUUUUUUCUUUGAUAUCUAAGCGGGGAAAAGAGUAGAACUAGAGUGGGCGAUAUUUCUUGUUACAAAAUUUUGAAAUCAUUUGUAAAUGCCCCCUUCGGUAAUAUCAUUUGUAAAUGCCCCCUUCUGGUCGUUGCUUGCCGAGAUAUCUAGGCGUAAUGUCCUGAGUGAUGAGUUGCUAGGUUUUGACAUUAGUUUACUGAAGAAAUUAAAAUCUUAAUAGUGUAUAUUGCAUCUUUCUGAAUAUCUUGAAUGAGUUUUUGAGUUGAAAAGUGCUACAAUUUUUGUUUCCA